CACAGUCGUGCCAUCGCAUUUUGUGCGUUUCGUGCCGCUGAAGCUUACGGGAUACUAGCAGUGCAUGCCGCAUUCCCCAUAAAUGGAGGCUCAGCAUCCAAACUCGGCGAAGGCUGGCAGUGUCAGCUGUGGGGGCCCUUCCAGUGCGCCAGCGGCGACGCCCGACCUUGCAGCCGACCCCUCCCGAGUGUGGCUGCCCGAGCUGGUGCAGCGCAUAGCCACCUUCCUCCCUCGCAAUGCCAUUCCCUGCAUCCUGAGGCUGGUUGACAGUGCCACGGCGGCCCAGUUUUCGGGCUGGAAGCACCGCACAAUCCACCUCAGUGAGCCCGUGCCGCACGGCCUCUUCGCCGCACGCUGGUCGCCGCCCAGGGCCACCCGCAACCUCCCGCUUGAGCUGCGUUGCCGGCUGGUGGCGCUGACUGCGGCCUCGGGCGUGGUGGAAAAUAUGCCUGUGGCCCUGGCGGCGGCGGGCUGCUUGGUGCAGCCAGCCCUGCUCGGCUACGCGGCCGCGGCGGGGCAGGUUAAGAUGUGUGCCUGGCUGCACAUCAACGGCUGCCCUGCCGUCAAGAUGGAUGACGAGUUGGAUGUUUUGGCGCUGGCAGCCGCACGCGGGCACAAGGAAGUGUGUGAGUGGCUGCUGGCCAAUCGCUAUGGCUGGAGCUGGGACGCGCUGUGUGCCGCGGCGGGCGGCGGUCACGUCGAGCUGAUGCUCUGGCUGUGGCGCCAGGGGCCCGGAGCGGCUGGAGCUGGAGCUCCAGUAGCAGCACCACCAGCGCCAGCUGCUGGCACAGUUGCUGGCACGGCUGUGCCAGAAGAAUCCCGUACUGCGGGCACGAGCAGCACCAGCAGCGACGCCGCCAUCUACACGGGCGCCGACGGUGCCGCCGUGGAAGCCGACGAGUGGCAUGCGGCAGCGCAGGCGGUGCUGGGCGGCAUUCCGGUGGACAUGCAGCUCCUGCAAGAGGUCGCGGCCGGCUGCGACGUCGGCACGCUGCGGGCGGCGCACACAGUCUGGCACGCCGCCGACCAACGCGCCCAGCAGGCUCGGCGGGAGGAGCUCCGGCGCCAGCAGCAGCAGCGGCGGGACCGGCGGCAGGAGGAGCGCCGGCUGAGCCGCGAGCGGUACGGUCAGCACGAUGCAGAUCCGCUGGGCGUGGGAGAACCGUCAGAUGAGGACCUAGACGCAGAGGACGCGCUUGAGGUUGCGGCGGCAGAGGAGCUGCCGUUUGAUGAGCGCAAACUGCGCGAGCGCGUGAUGGGUGCGGCGGCGGGCAGCCCCACGCCCUGCUGGCGGAAGAAGGUGGCGUUUCUGGAGGAUGUGGGGUUUGCCAAGUGCACCGCCGCCUGCGAGUGGGCGGCUGCGGUGGAGGUUGAGGGCACGCGCCAGCACCGACCGCCCAUCGUACCGUCAGUCCUGCCGGCGGUGCUACCGCUGUUGUCGGGCGCAGCGUCUUCUGGAGGCAAGGAAGCGACCGCGGGUGGUGCUGCGGCUGCGCCAGCUGCGUUGGCGGUGGCUGGGGCUUCAGCUGCGGUUGUCACUAGCGCGGCAGCGGCAGAGUCGGAGGCCGCUGGCGCUGCGGCGGCAGCGGCACUGCUGUUUGACCUGGAUGACCUCAGCGACUCUGAGUCCGAGCCUGAGCCGGACGUGAACAAGUGCGAGAAAGACCCCAGCGCUGGUGAUGGUGCUGGCACUGACGCCGAGUCAAGCCAGUCUGGGACGGACGACGCCCUCACGCGGCUGCGCUGGCUGCGACGCCGCGGCUACCCAGCGGACGGCGCCGCCGUCAUUGAGGCCGCCCAGCACGGCAACACAGCCGCACUGGCCUUCCUGCUGCACCGCUGCGACGCCACGCCGCGCUGGGAGGCGGCAGACGCGGCGGCGGAGGGCGGCCAUCUGGGUUGCCUGCGACUGCUGCGCGCCGCGCGCGCCACCAUGGGGCAGCACACGCUCAGCCGGGCGGCGCAGCGGGGGCGGCUUCGGGUGGUGCGGUGGCUGGCGGAGCGCGCGGACCUUGGGGUGCUGCUGGAUGCGGAUGACGACAGCAUCAUGAGCGCGGCGGCGGGCAGUGGGUGUGUGCCGCUGUUGGCGUACCUGCGGGGUGUCCAGCAGCUGUCAGGGUGCAGUGGUGGAGGCGAAUACGGCAGUGGGGGUGGGGGAGCCGGGGCCCUCCGCGGCUGCAAGUCGCGUGCCAGCGGCGACGCGGCGCAGGGCGGGGGGGAGGAGGGCGGUGAGCGAGGGAAGAAGGCAGGGGAGGCGGAAGGCGAAGGCGGGCGGGGCGCGGCGGGGGCUGGGCGCGAAGGGCAAUGGAUGUGUCCGUGGGAUGAGGACACGUUCGCAUGGGCAGCGGACGGCGGCUGCGAGGAGGCCAUCGAGUGGAUGGCGGCGCACGGCUGUCCCAUGGGGGUCGACGGCCUGCCGUACGUCUGGGCCGGCAUUAACGGUGACUUUGCCACGCUGGCCUGCCUUCGGCGGCUGGGCUGCCCCUGGGACCCCCAGGGCGGGACCUUCCUGCGGGCGCUGCGCAGCCACCGCCGCGGGCGCUGGUGCUCCGUGCCGGCGCUGCAGUGGCUGCUGGGCGAGGGGUGCCCGGUGGGGGACUGGGAGGCGUUGCUGAAGGCGGCGCGGGUUCGUGGGAGAGACUACAUGGAAGUGGUUAACUGGGUGGAGCGUGUGAAGAAGAAGCAGGAGGAACAGGCUGCAACUGGAGGGGGCGGUGUUGAAGGGAAGAGUGAGGAAACGAGCCCGAGGCCAGCGUCGGGCUGUGUGCCAUGUUGCCUGGGUCGGUAAGGAGCAACCUUCGUGAGCUGAGGCUCUGGAUGUCCGACGACAAUAUGGCAUGUAAGAAACGUCAACU